UUAUUGUCUUAUGUCACAGAACCCAUGUGAAGGCAAACCUUGCCUAAAUAAAGGAAAAUGCUUGCUCCAUAAAAACAGAAGGGAUUAUCGUUGCCGAUGCAAGAAAGGAUACACCGGAGAAAAAUGCCAACAUGAUAUUGAUGAAUGCACAACCGCUUCUCCAUGUCAUGUGAAUGCCACGUGUAUUAACAUUCCAGGAUCCUAUGCCUGUCGGUGUAACGAUGGCUUUAGUGGUGAUGGAUUUAGCUGUGCUGAUAUUGACGAGUGCGCAACCAAUGUGCAUCAGUGUGACCGAAACGCUUAUUGUAACAAUACAGUAGGAUCAUAUCGUUGUACAUGUAACAGAGGUUAUUAUGGAAACGGCAUCAAGUGUACUACAAGUAGAGGACUGGAUUUCUCAGCCAUUUUAAGCAACUAUGGCAAUGCAGAUUAUAUUCGUACUUUGUCUGGUUACUUGGACCCAGUUCUACAGAGUUCAAGUAGAAGUCGUUGGAUCAGAUGCUGGCACGCUGCAACAGAUGGAUGGAAUACUGCAACUAUAUUCCAUCCUCAGUGUGACGGAAAGGGACCCACAGUGACUAUAGUACGUGUAGGUAGCUACGUGUUUGGUGGAUACACCGAUGUAUCAUGGCACAGUCGCUGGCAAUAUUUUUCGUCUUCAAGAUCCUUCCUGUACUCCUUGUACAACACCAAUGGAUAUAGUCCAGUCAAGCUGACCCUCAAUGGACGAGACGGCAACCAGCAUGCGAUAUAUGGGGGUAGUAGUUAUGGUCCAACAUUUGGUAGGGGACAUGACCUGGUUAUCUCUAACUAUGCUUCAAACACCACGAGUUCUCAUACUUAUAUGGGGUUUUCAUACUAUGCUCCCCCAGGAUGUAGAAACGGUGGAUACGAAUGCUCUACUUUGGCAGGUACCUACGGAUUUACACCGAAUGACAUAGAAGUCUUUUACGAAACUACCAGCUAAAGUGGGUCAGUAAAUGAGGAGUGUAUUCUGCAGACCUUAUUAAGUAAAAAAACUGCCUCCUUUAACACUUAUUAGCACUAUAUUUGUAGUUUAAAUUAUAGUGUUCUUAUAUUUUUUAGAUCUUCUAGUAGAGUAGAUCUCACAUGUACAGAAAACCUAGGUUAAUCAGAAAUGAACGGAAGUUAAGCAGAUACUUGCUAUUGAUAGAGGCAAACAGAUAUGUAGUAACUAAAUCGAGUUAGAGAAAGAAAGGGUAAGUCCAUCCUUUAGUUUGAUUUUGCUGCCAUGACAAUUAUGGUAACCUGUUAUAUUUGUAGUCCUUAACUUUUGAAA